AUGAGUCCUCUUUCCCGAGAACUUCAACCAACGGAUAUCCGGCCGCAGCAUCCUCUUACUUGGUUAGCUCUCAACAAUACCCAACAUCAUCCCAGCAAUAUCCAUCAGGGUCUCAGCAGCAUCCAUCGGGUUCGCAACAACAUCCGUCAGGUUCCCAACAACAUCACAGCCAAGGGCGGCCCGCCGAGAGUCCCUAUCCGCGGGAAGCGGACCACCUCCGGGAGUCCCAUUAUCGGUUGCGGCACCUCCUCCAAUGACUCGAACCAACGAACAUCCGGCUGCAACACCCUUGGGCUUGGGGUCCCCGCCUAUUUCCCUUUCACCUGGAACGGUUCAUAUGCUAAAUUACAGAUCCCGCACAGAAACAAAAGUCGUGAUGGCAUUGAGGGCAACGAUAGAAGUUACGACAAUGAAGGGGGUGGAUCAAAGGAUAAAGCUGGGGCAAGACAGACUUGGUACCUCGGACAAUUAUUGGACAAUGAAAAAUACACGUGGUCAGGACUGGGUCAGCAACACUCUGUCCGCGUCAGAUCCAGUGGACGUCGUCUCCGUGAUGUAUUGCUGGCAAGGGGAAUGGAGCCGGAAGGGCGGUUAAAAGAGGAGUGUCCCGGUGCUCUUGGUGGUGCUUUUGGUGAGUCCUCAUCGACAUCGUCCACUUCCCCUGUUCGGAGACAACAAGAACAAGAAAUGUUCCCCGGGUCCGCUCCAACCCGAGACUACCCCUGCGAACGAAACUGCGGCCAGUGGACACCAGGUCGUUACCGGUCUGAAAUGUACUGCAUGAGCGAGUACUGUGACGUUUGUAUCCACAAGAGACGGACUGAUGUGGCGCCGUGGACGGAUCCGAAUACUUCCCAGCGUACCGAUCCGCAGUAUUCCCGGUAUUAUGAUACGUAUGGGGUUGCUCCUCCUGUAAGUGGUGGUGGACAAGUUGAUCCGGGGUAUGGUGGUGGUGGUGGUUACGGUGGCGGUGGACAGGUUGAUCCGAGCUAUGGUGGUGGUGGCUACGGUGGUAGUGAUCCCUCGGGUUAUGGAGGUUAUGGUGGUGGUGGACAAAUUGAUCCGGGAUACGGUGGUGGUGGUGGUGGCUAUGGAGGUGGUGAUCCCUCGGGGUAUGGUGGUUACGGAGGUGGUGAUCCUUCGGGCUCAGGAUACGGCGGCGGCGGCGGCGGUUACGAUGGUGGAGGCUUCCCUCCGAACCCGAUGCCAGGACCGAAUCCGGCGGAGAAUCCCAUUCCCAAUAAUCCAUUCACUGGCCCAAACCCGCGGCCGCGGCCUUCAUGGUUGAACGACGAGGAGGAGAAUAAGGGAAGUGAAAUGGAAAUGAAGGGAUUCGUCGAAGGGGAACAGGGUGGACAAUCGGAAGAGAAUAUGUGA